UACCUCCUCCAAUCCGCCACAUGUAAAAAUCAAAAGCAUAGUAUUGUAUUAACGUACAACUAAACAGUAACAGAAAAGCAUAACGGUAUCUUGUUAUUGUUCUCGAAUGCAAUAAGUUUAUCAUAUUUACAUAUUUCACCAUUACUUGAGUGAAAGGUUGAAGUUACUUACUGGCAGGAUAAAUACCCUAGAUUCUACCUCAUGCUAGUUUUUACGUUAGUUAUGGACAAUGUCGAUUUGCAGUUGAUUCUGACCAUUACCUAUUGUGAGUUACUCACAUUUCUUGUCAGUGGCACGGGAAAACGUAUAUCAUUCUUUACCUCCAUCAAAAUCUGUAUUGACAAUAUGAUAUGGAUGUGCUUCUACAGCUUCUUCAUCAUCCAUAAUCGCCUCUUCUUGGCAGCAAUAUGAUUACCAUUGGAAUACGGAAGUUCAUUAUACAACACGUCUUCUAUUGAACCUUCGGUGUCAUUUUCCAAAUGUGGAGUAUAAGUAGUAUGAAUAUUUGUCUUGACGAAAGAAGCUGAAACAAUAGGGCCCUGUCUGUUUUUUUAUCUUUUACUAUGCCCUUUAUCUCAAAAGGCUAUGGUUUGCUUGGCAAAGCUUCGUACGAAUUUUUCGUGUACAGUAUUCUUAUUCUAGUAGUAUGAAAGUAAAGAAGUUUG